UUCGUGGGCAAGGCGCGUUCCAUCCUGGAGGAGCGCCAUGAGCUGCAUGGUGACGUUGCGGGUGUUUAACGUGGAGGCUUCCCUUGUUCAUCUGCAAGCAGUGCUUGAUGUCGCGGAGCGAAGGCCCGUCGUCGAUGAUAAUUUCACCGGCUGGCUGGAGUUGAUCAAGAAAAUUGCUUCUGAGGCGGAAGAGCUGCUGGAUGACUUUGAGAUCAAGAGAAUACAAAAGAGCCAACAGAACAAGGUUAGCGGUUUUCUGGCAUACAUGAUGAAGAAUCUGGGUUUUGUUGAUGAUGACAUAUACAGACUGAAGACUCUCCUGGCAAGGCUCGACAAGAUUGCCAGUAAGUCUGGAAAUUUUUUUGACUUGUUAAAAUUGAAUGAUUCUAAAGAGGAUAUGGUAGGGUUUCUUCCAGAAAUACAAGUAGUGUUCCAUGGUCGUGAGAAAGAGAAGGACCAAUUAAUGAGCAUCAUAUUUCCAAAUGAAGCACAAGCUGAACAUUUUCCAGCAUCCAGAAUGCAGGAAGAGACACGGGGAACUGCAACUGUGAAAGUUGUAUGUAUCGUAGGCGAGGCUGGGGUAGGCAAAACAGCACUUGCUCAAGUAAUCUAUAACCACCCUAAUGUCAAGAAGGCCUUCAAUCAGAGAGGAUGGGUCUCUCUCUCUCAAAGGUCUGACUCAGAGGAUUUCAUCAAGAAAAUAUUUUGUUCUUUUGCAGCAGAACAGCAUCCUUUUGAUUCUGAAAUGGGUCUGGAAACACUCCAAGCUAGUUCGGAACAUGAUCUCUCCAGGACCAUACAGAACAAGAGAUUCUUCCUUGUCCUUGACAAUGCAAAGGAUAACCUGCAACGUGAAUGGAAGACUGUGAGAGCAAAAUUAACUGGAGCAGCAGCAGGGAGCAUAGUACUGGUGACAACUAGAUCAGAAGUGACUCAUGCCAUUCCAGGAGGUAUAGUUAUAACUUUGGAUAAAAUUCCAACAUCUGUUCUCUCGAUGAUUCUGAAGCACCACGCGUUUGGACUCACCAGAAAAGAUUCUCUGGAAUCAAUUGGUGACAAAAUAGCUGGUAAGUUGCAUGGCCUGCCCUUAUCGGCAGAGGUAAUCGGGAGGCUUCUCAGAACGAAGUUAGAUGAAGACCACUGGCGAAAUGUUUGUGAAAGCAAUUGGUGGAAUGACUAUGAAGAUCUGGUCAUCACUAAUCCUGCUUUACCUUCAGUAACGAUUGCACUGGAAUUCCUCAGAAAUGACCUAAAGAAAUGUUUGGGUUACUGUUCCAUGUUCCCAUCCAGUUAUUUAUUUGACAAAAGAAAAAUGACUCAAAUGUGGGUGUGUAAUUCUAUGCAACAACAUCAAGAAUCCGCAUAUGAGAUCACAGACAUUCGAUGGCUUGAUGAGCUCUUGAACAGGUCACUUAUCCAGUCAACUGUAUGGAAGGGUAAAUAUACAGUGAAUGAAAUGAUCAAAAAAGUUGUGGCCUCCAUAAAUCAAACAGGAUGUUACACAAUAGACGAUUUACACAGUCCCAGACAAAACCUUUCCAAUAUCAUCCACAUGGCAGUUGACAAAUAUGAUUUCGAAGUGUCAUUGGACCUAAGAAAACAAAGCAAGGUACGGAGCAUUUUAUUUUUUGAUGGCCAGAGAACAACCAUGCUGAAUACAGCCCUUAAUAGCAUAUUGCCUGUUUCAAGUUCCCUGAGGGUGUUAGACCUGUCUUGCAUUGAAACUAAGAUGGAAAGGCCCCCUGAUGUCAUCAGUACAUGCUCUCACCUAAGGUACUUGGACCUAUCCUUCACUGGGAUCACAAUGUUUCCAGACUCAUUCUGUAAGCUACUCCUUUUACAAGUUCUAGGUAUGCGAGGAUGUAGAUUCACAGAGUUACCUAGGGAUAUGAAUAAGCUAGUCAACCUGCGAUAUUUAUAUGCAGAAGCUUGCACACUCUCUUUGAUACAUAGUAUAGGCCAGCUAUCCAAGCUUCAAUACUUGGAAGAAUUUGCUGUCAGUGAAAAGGAGGGGUAUAGGAUAACAGAACUGAAGGAUUUGAAUUACCUUGGUGGCCAUCUUUGUAUUACGAAUCUUGAGAAAGUGGCAUGUGUGAAUGAGGUGUGUGACGCGCGUCAUGCUGAGCUGUCUAAAAAAAUGUACCUCCAGAAGUUGGCUCUAAAGUGGAAUUCACAGCCAGCAACACUUGAUGGUUGCACGGAAACUGUUUCACACCUAAAACCAAAUGGACAACUUAAGGAUCUCGAGAUCCACUGCUACAUGGGAGUGAAGUUUCCAGGAUGGAUAGCAGAUGACCAGCACUUCACCACACUGCGAUACAUUAAAUUCAGUGGCUGUAAAAAAUUGGUAGAACUUCCACCUCUUGGAAAUCUUUCUCACCUUGCGGUUCUAAUUCUACAAGGCUUGGAACAAAUAAAAGAUAUCGGAAAGGAAUUUUAUGGCAGUUAUGACAGGGUAUUUCCAUCCCUUGAAGAACUGACGUUCCGUGACAUGGAAAAUUGGAGGAGGUGGAUGGAUAUAGCACCAACACAAAUUAUUCCACGGAUCAGAAAGAUUGUGAUAAAGAAUUGCAGAAAGCUAGUUGAUCUCCCCAAAUUUGUUCUUGUAGGAUCCCACGAACUGGUAGAAUUGUAAGAACAGAAGAAGCCGAGGAGGAAAACAUGACAUGUUUAAAAGUUCAUGAUUGUUUGGCAAUCAUGAUUGAUCUCCCAAACCAUUUGUUGGCGUCAACCGAGGUAUGGAAUCUUCAAAUCUGUGAAGUGUGCUUCCAAGGAGAGUAAGAACAUAAGCAACUAAGGGAGGUUCUUGAAUCUUGACCAUUAUUGAUUGUAUUGAAGUGAGACAGAGGAAGAAAAGAAAAAAAAAGCUAGCCUUGUCUUCUUUCUUGAAUCUUGAUCAUUAUUGAUUUUAUUGAUUAUUGAUUGUAUUUUUUCUUCUUUCCUGGCUAUUGUCUCCUAGGACUCUAGCCUUGUAAUUUUUCUCCUGCUCUAUUCAAUGAAUCUUCGCGAUGUCUGGUGCGGAUCGUUCAACAACCAGAUUUCUGGUGUGAAUCCUAGUUUUUAAGACAAUUAGUGGUCUAUGAGGAAUGCAAAAAAGGUUUCAAAGCUAUCGACUACCCCCUUGGCUUCAUUUUCACCCCAACUAGUUCGGGCCCACACCUCACCCACCCCAAGGAGGCAAACAAUUUUCAGGUUACUGUGUAUAAUAUAUUAAGAAGUUGGUGGCUAAUCUUGAAGAACAAAACAAUUGAGUGAAGAGGCCACGGUGUAGCAGGUAAACAAGUUCCCUGACUAAUUGCAAUCUCGGACCAUAGGAAGAGCAAGAGGAAAGGCAAACCUUUUACCAUCAGAUAGUCCACUUCUGUUUAUGUUCUUUUUACAUUAUGCUGUAAUCUGAUAUCUACAGGUUUCUUAUUGCUCCUAUUAAUAUAGCAAAAGCACUCCACUGGAUUUUCGAAAAAAAAA